GUGAGUUCACAAUCGAUUGUAAGGGAAACUUUGGAAUCAACGAAUUGCGCUGCGGCGGGCGAAUGGCCCCGAGCGGCGGCGGCGGCGGCCACCGCCCAAAAAGCCCGCGGCCCGUUUUUAUUGCGCCGCGAAACCGCGGGACACGCGCCGCUGUCCUCCUACCCUCUCGCUCGCCCCACUGCCCCUGGCCCUCCCGCCAGUCGACGGCUCUUCCAAUGCUCGGCGCCCGCCCCUACACCCGCUGCUGCAGUCUACAUCCAUCGCCCGCGCCCACACCCGCAGUCCACUGCCCGACGCCACACUGCCGUCGGCCCUACACCCGCUGCCGCCGUCUACAACCACUGCCCGCAGUCUACACCCGCCGCUACGCCCGCCGCCCGCCGUCUGCGCCUUACACCGCCUCCACGCCUCCACCCGCCGCCCGCCGCCUACACCCUCUGCCGCGCGUUCCACACUCAGCGCCGCCGCCCACACCGCUGCCCACCGCCCACACCCACCUCGCAGUCAACUGCCGCCGCCCUCACCUGCACCGGGCCGCCUACACCCUCUGCACGCCGUCAACACCCGCGCCCAUACCCGCCGCCUACACCCGUCGCCCGCCACCACACACCGCCGCCACCGCCUACACCCGCUCCCGCGGCCUAUACCCGCCGCCAUCCCCCGCCCGCCGCCCACACACCACGCCGCCGGGCCGCCCUUCAGCGCCGGCUGCCCGGUCCGUCCCUAGCCUUCCGCCAGCAGCCCGCCACCCACCGGCACUUCCCUUCCUCGCCGCCCGCUGCCGGUCUCCCUGGACCAGCCUCAGCUCUCCAUGUCAGACCCACGCCCGUCACAAGCCUCCUGCCGAUUACUGCCCCCACCUACAUCAACCAGUCUCCCGCCUCUUACCAUUUCUCUCCGCCUGACACUCGCCAUUUGCGUGCCCUCUGA